AUGUCAGCAUCUUCUUCGUCGCUGAGCACUGCGCAGGGCAGUGCGGCAAAUCCCAAUGGACCUCAGCCCACCUCCUCGCGCGGAUCCUGGUCCUCGUCCCAUCCACUGGACCGCUCCUCCCCGGCCGCCGGUAAGAUCCUCCGCGCCGCCCACGAAGAAUUCGCCCCGCGCCGCCGCAAUCGCCUCUCGCUCGCUGGGGGGCGCCCCGGGAGCCCCCCCUGGGCGACGAGCGCCAUCUCUGGAGCUGGCCUUGAUGCCGCCGCGAGCUGGCGAUGCCCUGCGGGCGCCUCCGCCAUGACCGCCACCGCCGCCGCCGCCGCCGCCUCUACCGCCGCUCGGCCGCCAUCGCUGGGCUCGGAUUUCUGCGGCCGCAAAUCCACCCGCCUCGUCUCCAAGCUCUCGCAUCUGGGCCGACCCAGCAGCGCUCCAGGCAAGCCGAUCAAGCCCGUGCUCUCCUCCGCCGUGAAACACAUGAUCAAGUCGCCAUCGCCAUCGCUCAUGCCCGCAUUGCUGGACCAAGUCUCGGCGCAUCUCCUCGGCCCAGACGAUCUCCCAUUCAUUGUCCGCGAGCUCGGCCACUCGGGGCAGUGGGAGAAGGUGGUCAAGAGCUUCGACUGGAUGGUCCUCCAGCAGAAUCUCCGCAGCCAGUGGGACAAGGUGACGAGCACGAUCAUCAGCUCGCUCGGGCGGCUUGGUCGAUCCGAUUGGGCGCAGUUGAUCUUCGAUCGGGCAGUAGGCGCUGGGUUUGGCAACAACGUGUUCGUCUACUCGUCCUUGAUCUGCGCCUAUGGCCGCAGCGGCAAGCUGGCCAAGGCGGUGGAGAUUUUCGAGGCCAUGAAAGUGGUUUGCAAGCCCAACCUCGUCGUCUACAACGCCGUGAUCGACGCCUGCAGCAAAGGUGGCGACUACCCGACAGCGCUCCGGAUCUUUCGAGAGAUGCUGGAGCAGGGAAUGUCCCCCGACAGGAUCACUUUCAACACGCUCAUCUCCGCCGCCGGGCGAGCCAAUCGCUGGGAGGAAUGCGACCGGAUCUUCGCGGAGAUGGAGGAGCGCGGCAUCGCUCGGGACGACGUGACUUACAACACGCUCAUCGCGACGUACUGCCGCGGUGGACAGAUGCAUCUCGGCGCUGCGCUCAUGGAAACCAUGGCCAAGAGCUCCGGCAUCGAGCCCAGCGUCAUCACGUACAGCACCAUGAUCGAUGGAUACGCCAAGCUCGGCCUCGCUCACGAAGCCAUCGCGCUCUUUCAAGAGAUGCGCAACCAAAACGUGGAGCCCGACGGGAUUUGCUACAACACCAUGGUCGACAUCCACGCUCGUCUUGGCAACUUUGACGAGGCCCACAGCAUCCGGCGGGCGAUGGAGGAGGCUGGCUUCGCCAAGGAUAUCGUCACCUACAACGCGCUGCUCGAUUCCUACGGCAAGCAAGGCAAGUUUCGCGAGGCCAUGUCGCUGCUCGAGGAGAUGAAGCAGCGCGGGGCCUCUCCAAACAUUCUCACGUACUCGGCGCUCAUCGAUGCCUACUGCAAGCAUGGAUUCCACCGUGACGCCAUGGCUUUGUUCCAGGACGUGAAGAAGGCCGGGCUCCAGCCCGACGUUGUGCUCUACAGCACGCUCGUCGAUGGCUGCUGUAAGAAUGGAUCGCCGGACGAGGCUCUGGCUUUGCUCGAGGAGAUGGCGGACAAUGGCAUUCGUCCCAAUGUUAUUACUUACAACUCGCUGCUGGAUGCCUAUGGAAGGCAGUGCCUCAUGAUGCAAGACGAUCAACAGUCUCUUGUGGAUCCCAAACAGAAGCAAGCUCUCGUGCUUGCUGCUGCGAGGGUGUUCCGGGAGAUGGCUAAAAACGGUGUCAAGCCCAACGUAGUGACGUUUUCGUCCAUCCUCAACGCUUGCAGCCAUUGUGCAUCGGUGGAGGAUGCAUCCAAUUUAUUAGAGGCCAUGAGAGUUUUCGACGGCCGAGUGUAUGGAGUUACACACGGCUUGCUCAUGGGCUUUAGGAUUCGAGUAUGGAGAGACGCCGAGACGUUGUUUAACGAGCUAACGACGCUAGGACACAACACAGCCGUGGCAUUCUACAACGCACUAACAGAUGUCUUGUGGCACUUCGAGCAGAGGAACAGUGCUCAAAGAGUCGUAGAGGCAGCCAAGGACCGGCAUGUUUGGGACAAAGCAUGGUGGCAUUCCGAGCAGCAGUUUUUUCUCGACUUGCACUUCAUGUCGGUCGGCUCGGCACAGGCGAUGCUUCACUUGUGGUUGCUCUACAUCCGAAAGUUUUUGUGCCAGAGACGAUCGGUGCUGCCAAAGUAUAUGAGCAUCCUGACGGGCUGGGGAAAGCACAGCAAAGUUCCUGGCGAGAGCGCCGUCAAGCGAGCAGUAGAAGCACAUCUCUUGGAGAUGAAUUCGCCGUUUCACGUAUGGGGAAACAACGAAGGACGGCUUGUGUGUGCUGGCUACCAAGUCCAAGGCUGGCUCAUGGACACGAGAACUCAGAGACAUCUCCGGCUGUGCGACGUCCGAGGCGACUAAUCGUUUCUUCUCGUUUUCUAACAAGCCAGAUUUUUACUCGGCACGCAAGAACCAACCAACACACAAGGAUUGUAAGUAAGCUAUGAUGUACUUAAAUCUCUCUUGGCAGUUUUCUAGGAAUGUUAACGAAGCAAAAAGAGUGAUUCCACUCGCGAAUCCAAAUAUUCCAGAGUUUAUACUCUUCGGACAA